ACGCCUCAUUCUGGUGGGUCCAAGAGCCAAAAUUUCGGUUUCUGGCCAGCUCUCUAAACUCCUCCAUCAUUCCUCUUUCCAGUCCUUUGGCCCUAAGCCCUUGCUAGCGGUUGGCUAAGAAUAGACGCGUCUCUUGCUCGGGAUUCGCUGUGAGCUCUGGGAAGCCCGCCUCCGCUCUCCCGUGAUUCGCUGCUCCUGUGUUCAUCCGCCCCUCCGUCAACCAGAUUGGGUGCUUGGCCGUCCCCGCCAUUAGCGCGUAACAAGCGACUGCUUGCUGCGGCAGAGACGCCAGAGGUGCAGCUCCAGCAGCAAUGGCAGUAACGGCGUUGGCGGCGCGGACGUGGCUUGGCGUGUGGGGCGUGAGGACCAUGCAAGCCCGAGGCUUCGGCUCGGAUCAGUCCGAGAAUGUCGACCGGGGCGCGGGCUCCAUCCGGGAAGCUGGUGGGGCCUUCGGAAAGAGAGAGCAGGCUGAAGAGGAACGAUAUUUCCGACAUUACAGGUUAUGCUUAGAGAUCUCUUUGGGGUGAAGGAUUGAAAUUAAACCCUGAGCCACCGUGUCCUUGUAGAGCACAGAGUAGAGAACAACUGGCAGCUUUGAAAAAACAUCAUGAAGAAGAAAUCGUUCAUCAUAAGAAGGAGAUUGAGCGUCUGCAGAAAGAAAUUGAGCGGCAUAAGCAGAAGAUCAAAAUGCUAAAACAUGAUGAUUAAGUGCACACAGUUCCCCAUAGAAUGGCACAUGUCAUUGCCCUCUUCUGUGUAGACAUGGUUCUGGUUUAAUUAAUAUUUGUCUGUGUGCUACUAACAGAUUAUAAUAAAUUGUCAUCAGUGAA